AUGUUUGCCACCGUGCUAUUGGCUGUAGUGACACUGAUUUUACUGAUUAUUUAUAUAGUAAUUGGACAAGAUACAAAAAAAUCCCCACCAGGGCCUUUCGCAUGGCCGUUUAUCGGUAACCAUUUUUUAUUGAAGCGAUUAACUCAUGAACUCGGGGGACAGCACAAGGCCUUUGUGGAGCUUUCAAAACGAUAUGCUAGUGACAUGAUAACCAUCAGUACUGGUCGUGAGAAGGUAACGGUUAUUUGUGGGAAUAGAUUAAGUGAUUUGGUAUUGAGAAGUGAGGAGUAUGAUGGGCGUCCUUGGAAUGAGUUUAUCAAACUUCGAAAUCUGGGCAAGAAGCAAGGCAUUACGAUGAAUGAUGGAUCAGAAUGGAAAGAGUUACGAGGCUGGAUGAUGCGAACCAUGAAGCUUUUCGGUUUCGGGAAACACGAAAUGUUAGAAAUGAUUAAAAAUGAACUAACCAUGCUUUUGAAUAGUUUGAAUAAAGAGGGUCCACGGCGAUUAAAAUUACUAAUUACACCAGCUGUAAUAAAUGUUCUUUGGUUUGUGGCGGCAGGAAGGUCAUUCUGCAACGGCCCGAAGCUUGAACAAUUUGUUAAUUUAUUGGAACGUCGAUCACAAGCCUUCAACAUGAUUGGGGGAAUACUCACCAUUUUUCCUUGGAUUCGUCACAUUGCACCUGAGGCUUCAGGGUACAACCUUCUCGAUACGCUAAACAACGAGCUCAAGGAUUUCUUAAUGGAAACUAUUAAUGAACACAAGGAGAAGUAUAAACCAGGCAACGAAACAGACUUAAUUGAUAUGUUCCUCCACGAAAUGAUGAACACUGAAGAACCCAGUCCAGUUUUCACUGAGGAGCAAUUAGUAAUAUUGUUGGUUGAUCUUUUCCUUGCUGGUUGCACUACUACAAGUACGACUUUGGAAUUUCUGUUCUUAAGCAUGGCGGUAUAUCAGGACGUACAACGUAAAGUGCAAAAAGAAAUUGACUCAGUGAUUCCUAGUGACAGAUUUCCCGAUUUGGAGGACAGAGCAAAACUUCCAUAUGUGGAGGCUGUUAUAUCUGAAUCGCAACGAUUGUGGCCAGUAUUUCCUAUAAUUGGACCUCGACGAGUUCUUCAAGAUACGCAGCUUGAUAAGUAUAUAAUACCGAAGGAUUCCACUGUUUUAAUCAAUCUGUACUCUAUCAACAAGGAUCCUACAAUUUAUCCAGAGCCAGAUAAGUUCAAGCCGGAAAGGUUUAUUAAGAACAAUGUUUUUGAACCAGAUAUAUACUCCUUACAAUUUGGAAAAGGAAGAAGACGAUGUCCAGGCGAAAUAUUGGCUAAAUCUGCAUUGUUCAUUUUAUUCGCCGGCGUAAUGCAAAAGUACAGUCUACUUCCAGUUCCAGGUGAAGGACCAAAUUCUGUAGAACUUAUCCACGGAUUGACGAUGACACCAAAGCCUUAUCAAUUAAUAGUCGUGCCACGGUAAUUGCUGCGAUUCUCGUUCAUAUUGUAUAUUUUAUUUACGCUGCUAAUGAGCAAACUUGUAUAUACAUAUUAUGAGUUAUACGUAAUUAAUAGGAAGUACAUUUAUUCUUAUAAAAAUAUGUAUUUC